AAGCGUUAAAAAGAUCCAGACCAAUCACAGCAAUGGCCGCUACCAUGUAUCGUCUGCGAGGAAGGUGGUUAAGCCUUUUGGGUUCUGUUGUUAAAGAUUCGCAGAGAGUUGCAAGACCAUGUGUCGCAGCUCAGACAAAGAUAUGUCACAAAAGAAAUUACUCUGGUGAGAACCUUGCCAAAUAUGGUGGUAGAAAUAUGGUCACAGCUUUGACUGGAGAUGGAGUUGGACCAGAGCUCAUCUCUCAUGUCCAGGAAAUAUUCAGGUAUGCUGGAGCUCCAGUUGACUUUGAGCAGAUAGAGAUCAAUUCCAGCUCAUCUGAUCCGGAUUUCUUAAAGAAAGCAAUGCUGUCAGUGCAGCGGAAUGGAGUAGCUCUAAAAGGAAAUAUUGAGACAAAAUUUGAUGACCCUACUUUCAGAUCCAUGAAUGUAGAUCUAAGGGUCCAGUUGGAGCUAUUUGCCAGUGUGGUAUGGUGCAGGUCUCUGUCUGGGGUACCCACCAGGCAUAAGGAUAUAGACAUUAUACUCAUCAGGGAAAACACAGAGGGCGAAUACUCCAAUCUUGAGCAUGAGAAUGUCCCAGGGGUUGUGGAAAGUCUGAAAAUAAUUACUGCAGAAAAAUCCACAAGAAUUGCCAAAUAUGCAUUUGAUUACGCUGUACAGAAGGGACGGAAGAAGGUGACAGCUAUCCACAAAGCGAACAUAAUGAAGCUGGGCGAUGGUCUGUUCCUGGAAUGUUGUCGCCAGGUUGCCUGUCUUUAUCCUGACAUUGAAUUCAGUGACAUGAUUGUAGACAAUGCCAGCAUGCAGAUGGUGUCCCGGCCGCAGCAGUUUGAUGUGCUGUUGAUGCCUAAUCUGUAUGGAAACAUCCUAAGCAACAUUGCAGCAGGCUUGGUAGGGGGCCCAGGGGUCGUGCCAGGUGUCAACAUUGGACGGGAUUAUGCUGUGUUUGAAAUGGGCACAAGGAGUUCUGGCCGCUCUCUGAAAGGCAAAAAUGUGGCCAACCCGACAGGCAUGUUGCUUGCAAGCUGUGAUAUGCUUGACUAUUUAGGACACCGGAAACAUGCUGAAAUGAUAAGAGACUCUGUGAUGUCAGUCAUGAACGAACAAAAGAUCCACACACCAGACCUGGGAGGUCAGGCAACCACUCUGGACUUAAUACACGCAGUCAUUGAUGAUCUCAAACCGAAGACUCAGAGCUGGAGCUUCAGUGUUGCCAAAAAUGUGUACACUAAGAGAUAGAGGAGGUUUCAGCAUGGUAGCAGAAUUUUCAAUGGAUUGAGAAGUAGAUAACCAAGGUCUCGCCAAACAACAUUAAGAAUCUCUUAAACGAAGAAAACGUUGCCUUCUGGAUAAGACUUGAGCGAUAUAGCUACAGAUAAACCAUGGAUUACGGGUGGACUAAGUUUUGACUGGGAAACAAUUUUCAAUUUUAAUAAAAAAAAACUUUCAGACGUACAUGCAUAUAUAUUUCACAACAGAAUAAGUCUAAACGAUUCAAUAUGUUAUUUGAGUAUUUUAUUUCAGUUGAAAUAUAAACUGCCUCUCGUAAUAGGUGCAAUAUAAGUGUUCCUUGUCCUUAAAAGUGCUGUACAUGUAUAUGUUGAUUUUACACAAUGCGAGAGGUUUACUGAAAAUCCAUUCAGCAAUGUCGAGCGAGUUAAAAGAUUUCUGUCAUACUUAACUCUCUGACCGUGAAACUUUUACCGAUAGCAACUAGAUAGUAUAUUUAUGAUGUAGAAUGUGAAACUUAUCAUUUGACGUAGUGUCUACUGUUGCGGUCAGUAGGAUUGGAAUGUUCCUUCGUUGGUUUUAGACGUUCUGUUUUAAAUACAUGUAUAUGCAUUUGUAUAUUUAUUUGUCAUUAAAUGAUUAAAUUAAA